AUGGAACGAGGCAAGAGGUUGUAUACCAUCGGCCACAGCAACCGGUCUAUUGAGAACCUCAUAGAGACUCUUAAACACUUCGGAGUGCUACGGGUAGUCGAUGUGCGGCAAAGCCCCUAUUCAAAGAGGUUCCCACAGUUCUGUUUGAAACCAUUGAGAGCAUCAUUAGAGGCUGUUGGCAUUGAUUAUGAACAUAACGAAUGGUUGGGGGGGAAGG